AUGAUUGCGUAUGUCGACUGCCUGUCCACGGAGCCGUCGGGAAGAUGUUGGAAUAGGACGUACUACGAAGAUGAGGAUGAGCUUCUCCCUCUUUACACUCGGAAACUGCAGCCCAAAACCGAGGGCAGCCUCCGCCGCCGCCUACUCACCUCCAAGAUCCAUCAACAGCAGGACGCCCUGUGGGCCCCCAGGCCUUGGGCUCGACCAGCGCAGGGGCUAGGUCCGAAAGGCACCCCGCUACUUCAGAGACGGCUCAGCAACACGUUCGUGGCACCUCAGCAGGACUGGAGAGCUGUUUCCAGCCUGGAUGAGGAGAGCAAAUGGACAGUUCACUACACAGCCCCGUGGCACCAGCAGGAGAAUGUCUUUCUGCCAGGGAGCAGGCCACCAUGUGUGGAGGACCUGCACCGACAGGCCAAAGUCAACCUCAAAACCGUCCUCAGAGAAUGUGACAAGCUGAGAAAAGAUGGGUUUCGUAGCUCACAAUACUACUCCCAAGGUCCUGCUUUCUCCACAAACAACGUGUCAAGCAGCAGCCUGCUGGACAACGAGGAAACAGAGAAAAAGAAGCAGUCUAGCAUUCUGGACUGUCUCUCUCGCUGUUGUGUUUCUCUUAGCUGUCAUUUGAAACCAUGGAGGAGAAAGUCCUCAGACUCAUUUUCUGAAGACGAGAGACUGGUUUACUCUCUGCGGCCGCAGACACCCCUCCUGGACAGUGGCUCUGACAUCAACACACAGACUAAUUGGAGUAAAAGCCUGCCUCUGCCCACACCGGAGGAGAAGAUGAGGCAGCAGGCCCAGACUGUCGCCACUGACAUCAUCCCCAUCAACAUCACAGGGGAGAACUUUGACCGGCAGGCAAGUUUCCGUCGCUCCAUGGCCAACACUGACACUGUGAUCAGGAGAUCAAAGAGAGUCAAACGGAGAAAAACUAUCACAGGCAUGCCCGACAACAUCCAAAGGGAACUAGCUGGUCAGAAUGAGUCCAGGAGUCAGUCCGUGUGUAUGACAAACCAGUUCUCCACACUGGGUCGCACUGGCAGCGUCAACUCUGCACUGAGGCGCUCGGACACCCGUGACUCCAGCUGCCAGACUGAAGAGGUGAAGAUAGUGCCACCCUCAGUGCGCAGGAUCCGGGCACAGAAGGGUCAAGGUAUCGCUGCCCAAAUGGCCAGCCUUUCCCUCUCCUCCUCAGGAAGUGGGUCUGCCAUUAGCGAAUUCAAUGAUAUCGCCUACUCUCCUCAGCACAAUGGUAGUGACCAAGGAUUCCAUAGCCUGCCUCGCCAAGGAACGUGUAUAUCCCUUCCACAGUCUGAGCCCAGGUACACCAGCACACCAUAUAGAAUGGAUUGUGGCUCCACAACCUCCCUGCCUAAUCAGAUCAACAUGCCCCAAUCUAGCACAGCAUCCUUGAGCUCGAACAGUCCGAAGUCUCUGGGUUUCCAAGGUUUCCAGAGUGACCACCAUAUAGCAGCACCGGACUAUAUGGUUUCUGACAGUGUUCACAGUCCAUCCGUCAGCCUUGGUGCUUUCCCCAUCUCCACUGAGUUCGGGUCCAGUGACACAACACACACCUAUGAUCCGGAGGGUUCCUGCAUGUAUUCCGUGUCGUCUUUUCCAACAGACAGAUCUCAAAGCAAUGUGGAUGUUCCUCUGUCUGCCAGCUCAUCCUAUUGUGAGUCCGCGGCGUCACUCAACACAGGUGCUCACACAGAGACUGACUCCCAGUGCAGCACCCUGGAUGGGAGAAACUGCGGCAGUCCCAGCUCGCAUCGAAGGGAGUCCGAUUUCUCAGAGAGCAGCACCCAUAGCUGUAGCACACUGACCACUGACCAGUGGACCUAUGAAGUCGCACCCAAGAACCGACCCACUUCAAGCUGCUCCUCCCCCAUCUAUCAUAUGUGCAACAGUCAUGAGCAUUCACCCAACAAGACAGACACCAGCUCACUUUACUCGGUGGAUACCGAUGGCUACUACACCUCCAUGCAUCUGGACGCUGGGCUGAAGGCGUACAGUCAUGGUUGCAUCAACAAGGCGGGGAAUGUGAGAAACAAGUUAUAUGAAUGUCGGGAACACCACAGUCAGGACGACCGAACAAUUCUUCAAAGCAACCAGACCUUGUCCCGAAGUAUCUCUUUGCGAAAAGCCAAGAAGCCUCCGAAACCCCCAGCACGGACAGACUCCCUGAGGCGUAAACCAAACAAGAAACACCACAAUAGUGAAUCGGUUCUGAAUGAGAGGCUGAUCUCCAGCCUCCAACAGUCGUUACAGAUGAACACAAAGAGCCAGAGCACUUCAAUCGCAGGCCAGAGCCCCUGUAAUGGAUUUGAGGACCCCUGGAUCCUGCGUCCGAGGAGCCAAAGCAAUGUCAGUGUCGCAAGCAGUGGAAUGUCAGCCCCAGCUGCAGUAUGUCCAGUCACUCCGUCCCAUAGUGAUACCAGCAGUCAGAGAUCAGACAACACAGAGUCUUGGAACUCCUACAUGGACUACCCUGGACAAUUCUCGGAGCAUGGCCCUUCCUCCCCUAUCACAAGGUCCGCAAGCGCUAGCGAAAGUCCUGCGAACCUGACCAAGGGAACCCACCAGAAUGGCUUCCUGCCAGGUCAGGGGAACACUGCUGAAGUUAAAGCCAAGAUGGUCUCAAUGCCUGACAAAAUCCAUCGUUUGACUUCUCCAUCCAGUGGUUACUCCAGCCAAUCCAAUACCCCAACUACAGGCACUCCUGUGACAGCCAUCAGUAGAGCUAAGUCUCCAAGAGGAGGGAAGCUUAAACCCAAAGUACCUGAGAGGAAGUCCUCACUGCUGUCUUCUGUGUCUGGCUCUUCAUCCUCUACCACUUCCCUUUCUUCAAACACCUCAGACUCCACCAGGAGCCCUUUGCCACUUCCACCUCCACUUCCUCUACUAUCUGGAAUUCUCAAAGCUCCGCAGAGCUCCAUUUUUAAUACUGAAACACCCAAGGUAGACUGUUCCUCUCCACUACACUCCCCUCCUCAUACUGGAUCUAUUACCUGGGAGGAAGAGCAGGACACAUCUGUGGUGUCACCCAAAACCCCUGAGGAAAGUCCUUCAGUUUUUAACUUCCCUCCUCCACCGUCAGAGGAGGUCUUGGACUCAGCGUUGACAUGUGAAAUCCUUGCUUCUCUGAGUCCCCCACCCCCUCCUCCCCCUCCACCUCUUCCUCCAUUACUUCCACCACAAAUGACAACACCCCCUCCUCCACCCUUGCCUGGGACCGGUCUUCAGGCAGAAAUAAUCUUAAAAGAGAAGAGCAUAAGAAGUCAUGUCAAAUCAGUGGAAUCAUUGGACCAACAGCAUGAGUCAAAGCCCAGAGUCCACCACAAAGAACCUGAGAUACCUCGAAGACCAAUGAUCACUGCCCAAGCUCUUCAAAUGGUGCAACUGCGACCGGUGAAGCUGAAAAAAAUAGAACCUACACAUACCCAAGAAACUUUGUAUGAAUCUACUGACCUGAGGCAAAACCAGAAGUCAGAAGUAUCUGCACAUUUGGAGAAACCUGCAGGAUCGGAGACUGUUCCUGAGUUGCCAUUCACACCAUGUUCUACUUCAUCAGAUAUGGGCACACCAGACUCUUUCAUACCUGAGAUUUUGCAAAAUUGUUCAGAAGAAGUUAUCUCUUCUCCUCCUGAAGCUGCCAGUGGUGGUUUACCUGAAAAUGUAACCCCGGAACCUCUGCAGCGCUUUGAAACAGUAAAUGAAGCCCACUCUGUGUUUUCCAGUGAGAAAAACCCCGUUAAACUUUCUCCAUUAAUGCUACAAAGCUCUCCUCUCAAACAGAAGCCUCCCAUAUCACCAAAAAAGCCCAGUCUGACUCUACUUAUGCCCCCCAUACAUAAGCCUGUUAAGCCUGAUAUUAAGCAUCUUCAGACAGUCAAUGACAAUGAUGUGUUCAUUACAAGUGUGGUGAAUAGUACGUCCUCAGUGGACGAAGCUCACGAGCCGGAGAUUCCGUUAAUACCAGAGGAGGAAGACGAGGAGCUUGAUAUCCCACUACAACCAGUGGGAGAAACUGUUGACCAAGAGGUCCCCCUGCCGUUUGAUAGGGAGGACAGUGCCGAGAAGGUCCCGUCAAAAUCAGAGGAGGAGUACGACAGGGGUGAGAAUCCGUCGCACCCCGAGGGGAAGGAAGACACAGGCGAGUCUCCAUCUCAGCCAGAAGAAGAACAUGACCCUCAUGAGAUCCCCUCAGAACCCAAAAGAGAUUGUUGUGAUCGACGGGACGUGAGUCUGCUGUGGGCGGAAGAAGAGGACGAGAGCGACUCCGGAGACUGCUCGCCUUUGGGCAAAAGCACAUUCUCCCUGAGCAGCGACUUCUCCUCAGACAGUCUGCACGAGGUCCAGCUCCCUGACCUUGUCUUACAUGAGCGCGACCUUUGCCUGAGCGAUGACAAAGGUACUUCGGAUGGAGACGAUGAAGGAGGCAGCAGCAGCUCCGGAUCCAUAAGCUUUAAAGAAGAGGACAAUGGUACGAUGUUUGAGACCCACACAGACAGUUCUGCUGGUGGCGACACUCCAGAGGAGAUGGGGACAUCCACACGACCCCGCACGACAGAAGAUCUCUUCGCUGCCAUUCAUAGGUCAAAAAGGAAAGUUCUGGGCCGUGGAGACUCUGAAGAGGACCGGUGCAGAACCCUCCAGCCCUCCCCACCUGUCACACCCACUGGAGGCUCCCCUGCUUUUUCCUCUCUGCCCCGUCUGACAGGUUCCAUCCAGCGCAACAUACGUCGCUCCUCCACCAGCAACGACAGUUUCAAAGCCCUGCUCCUGAAAAAGGGCAGCCGCUCCGAGUCCGGUUUCCGUAUGUCGGCUGCAGAGUUGCUGAAGAAUACCGACCCCCGCCUCCAGAGGGCGAUCUCUGAUCCAUCUCAGCUGGACGAAACCUGUCCUUCCCCCGGGCGCAGCAGGAAAAUGACUGAGGAGUGGGCGCGGACCGAGGGAGCUCUGCCUCGCCCCUCCCACGGCCUCUCCACCUCAAAAUACGGGCGCUCACGCACACCGCCAUCUGCUGCCAGCAGCCGGUAUAACAACCGAAGCCGACUGCCCAGUGGACCUAUGACUGCCAUCAGUGAACGGGAAGGAGAGCUGCCUGAAACCGCUGACGGCUGUCUGGACUCAGAGAGGAGGGCGCUGGUCAGUCCGUUCAGCUUGUCUCUGAACUGCAGCGGGACAAUGUGUGCUCAGGCCAGCACAUAA